AUGAGCAAUCGGCAAUCUCCGACGGAGUUGUUGUUUUGGAACUCUCACCAGAUCAGCCAGAUAGAUGGCCACUGGUACCAGGUACCGGCCGUGGACCGCAUGGCCGCCUUCAGGUCGCGAUUCGAGCCGAGAAGCGACGACAUCCUCCUGACAACCUUCCGCAAAACAGGGACGACGUGGCUCAAGGCUCUCUGCUACAGCAUCCUCCACAGAGAAGCAGAAGAAGACCUUCUGGCGAGGAAGAACCCCCACGAAGUGGUCCCCACUCUGGAGAACACGUUCCUCGAAGAACGAGUCCAAGAUAUGCUGCUGAGUUCCCCUCCCACCGGUCGGCUGCUCCACAGCCACCUGCCUUACAGUUACCUGCCGGAGGCGGUGAGGGAGUCCGGGUGCAGGAUCGUGUACCUGGCUCGGAACCCGAAGGACAUGGUGGUGUCGAUGUGGCAUUUCUACAACAAGCGCUACAAGAGCGCACAGGGCGACGAGCAGUUCCCGCUGGAGGGAGCGGUGGAGAGCUUCUGCAGCGGGGUCCUGCCUUUCGGGCCCUUUUACGAGCAUGUGGUGGGAUAUUGGGAGGAGAGCCGGAGGCGGCCUCAGGAGGUGUUGUUUCUCAAGUACGAGGAGCUCUGCAGAGAGCCGAAGGAGCAAGUCAGGAAGCUAGCUUCGUUUCUCGGGAAGCCAUUUUCUCUCGACGGAGAUGAAGAGGUGGAGAAGGUGUUGUGGCGGAGCAGCUUGGAUAGGUUGAAAGAGCUGGAGGUUAACAAGAGUGGUGUCGGGGAGUUGAACCAUAUGCUCAAUUCCACCUACUUCAGGAGAGGAACCGUGGGGGAUUGGGAGAAUUACUUGACUCCACAGAUGGCGCAGCGUAUUGACCAGCUCACACAGUCUAAGUUGCAGGGAAGUGGGCUUUCUCUUGAUGAUUAA